AUGUUCUGUAAUCCACGAGCUCAGUUUACACCUGCAAUUCUUAGUCGCAUCUGUCGCCAAAUAGGCUCGUUCCAUAUCCAUCCGCUAGCUGCUUCGUUCCAUCUCACAUCCUGCGUGCUUCGCAGUCGCGCCCACCUGCUCAUCGUCUAUACAAAGUGCCUUAAUAUACCGAAUACCUAUUUGAAGAUGUUCUUCGUCGAAACCGAAGGCUUCGCAUACGGUGGCACGUGUGCCCCUCUAAGCGACGACGACGAACGAGAUGUGUCGUUGAAUCGCUUUGGAAGUAAUUCCUCCAGCGAGUCUGGUGAACACCGUGAUAGAUCGUACUACGGUGGUCGCGAUACGGACCGCUUCUUCGGAGGCGCAUUUGAGGGGGACGAGAGCGAUGGCGAUGUGGAUGGCGUAGAUGAUGAACCACCGGCUGAGCUAGUUCCCCUUGGAAUGCGUGGUGGCAGUGGGUCGUCAAGUGUGCGCAGUCCCAGAAACCGAACACGCAGUGGAUCAUAUCAACACAAACCUGGUUUCUUCGCUUUCGAUUUCGGUGCUGCCACGAAGGCUCGUGCGAUUGCAGAAAUUGUCCAAUUAGUAAGUCAUGUCUUCGAGGCACGAAAUGUUGCUGAAACUAAGAAUCAACAUUUGAAAUUACUCCAUUUCCAAAGUGCAGACUUUUAUAAACUGACUCAGGAGAAAUUGGGUGCAGGAGCAUAUGCGAGUGUGCAAACUUGCGUGUCAAUUGCCUCUGGGAAGGAGUAUGCUGUUAAGGUUGUUGACAAAAAUGAGGAAUCGCACACCAGAUCGCGAAUUUUGCGAGAGGUCAACACGUUUAAGAUGUGCAAAAACCAGCCGAACAUUGUCCAGUUGAUUGAAUGGUUCGAAGAUGAUGUGAACUUCUACAUGGUUUUCGAGAAGAUGCGUGGAGGACCUUUGUUGGAACACAUCAUCCGGAAAGGCUAUUUCACAGAAGAAGAGGCUCGCCGUGUCACUGUGGACAUAGCUACUGCGCUCAAGUUCCUCCACGACCGAGGAAUAGCACAUCGUGACGUGAAGCCGGAAAAUAUACUGUGUACUGAGCCGGACCGUGUGAGUCCCGUGAAGUUGUGCGAUCUAGACCUGGCCAGUCGUCCGGUGAAAGGACAUUCUCCACCCAGAAUGCCUCAAAUUGCAUCAGAGCCGGAUCUUGCAUCUCCAGUUGGAAGCGCUGAGUUCAUGGCUCCAGAAGUGGUGGACGCAUUUGUCAACGAUGCCCUUCGAUAUGACAAAAGAUGCGAUAUGUGGUCGCUCGGAGUCAUUCUAUACAUCAUGCUUUGCGGUUACGCACCUUUCCAAGGCGAAUGUGAUGACGAAGACUGCGGUUGGUCAGAAGGUCAGCCAUGCGACGAUUGUCAACAAGAGUUGUUUCGUCGUAUCCAGUGCGGUGAAUACGACUUCCCAGCAGAUGAAUGGAGCAUGAUCAGUACAGAAGCGAAGCAUCUUGUCAGUAGCCUACUGGUGAAAAAUGUGAGCGAGAGGCUUACUGCAAAUGAAGUUCUCGACCAUCCUUGGGUUAAGCAGAGCGCUCCCAGCACAAUUCUUCAGACUCCUAGCAAUCUGUUCCGAAUUGAUUCUGCCCGCGAUGUGCAGCAGAUGAGCGAGCAUUUCAACGUAAUGAACCGUUUUGUGGCAGCUCGUCUAAGUUCUCGUCUCGAAAAGAUCCCUAUCAAUGAGGAUGACAGGGUAAGCACAACUGACUCCGUCAGUAGUGCUAGCCCAACAGAGCCACCAACCACCCAGUUCGGCGGUGAUCGCCAGUCACAUCAGACGCUGCCGCUCUUCAUGAUGCCUCCUGAGGCUUUCGUGGAUCCAUUCAGUGGUAUGAUGGUGUACCCACCAAGUAGCGAGACAGCUUCACUUGAAGUGAAUGCGAACCAAAACAAUAGCGUUGAAGUGCAGUCCAGUGAUGUUUCAUUGAAGACCUGCGCCUCCGGACUUGCGGUUGGGACGGCUUCACCUGCAUCGCACCAAGCUUGCAACACUGUGAAUGACAUGCGCCGCUAUAUUACCAGCGUCUCCCGUGGUCCUACUCCAGAGACAUGCCAGGGCGCAGUGGUUAGACAGAGCUCUAAGCCUGAUUUGCUUGGUCAGCAACAUCGUGAAACAGAAGUGAAUGUUUGA